UCYGCUCUGCUGGCUGAAACGCACUGUGUUACUGCUUCCCCCGCCUGUCGGGAGAGUUGGAGCUCCCCGRGCUGCUCCAGGGGGAAUGACUCCUUUCUGAUGGCUCGAUGUGCRGCUCUCAAAGCUGCUUCCCUCUGGCUGAAGCCGCUCAGGGAGUGAGUUGGSAGAUCUGAAGGAAGAGGGGGUCCUGAGCUGCUGAGCACGGUGCUUUCUGCGUGAAAGGGAACGUAUCUUCAUAGUCUAAUCCYGGUCCUCGGCACUGGCUCGCAUAGCAUGUGGAACGUCUGCCACAGCUGAACAAUUCGAGUAUGGCUGAAGAGAGACAGUGGGCAAUACUGGCCCAGCAUCUAUCACACCAUGUCAUCACCAUGUUCUGCCAUGGCUUAUCAUCAUGACAGCAGACGGAUAUUUGUUGGCCAGGAUAAUGGAGCRAUCAUGGAGUUUCAUAUUUCUGAGGACUUUAAUAAGAUGAACUUUGUGAAGACCUAUCCAGCUCACCAGAAUCGAGUGUCUGCUAUUACUUUCUGCCUGGCAUCUGAGUGGCUUAUCAGCACAGGUCAUGACAAGUGUAUCAGCUGGAUGUGCACCAGGAGUGGGAGUAUGCUGGGGAGACACUACUUCACCUCUUGGGCAUCAUGUCUACAAUAUGAUCAUGAAACUCAGCAUGCAUUUGUUGGUGAUUAUUCUGGACAGAUCACUCUUCUGAAGCUUGAGCAGAAUACCUGCUCAGUUAUCACAACCCUCAAAGGGCAUGAAGGGAGUAUAACUUCCCUGUGGUGGGAUCCUGUUCAACGACUGCUCUUCUCAGGUGCCUCUGACCACAGCAUUAUCAUGUGGGAUAUUGGUGGAAGGAAGGGGCGAACGCUGCUGCUCCAGGGACAUCAUGACAAGGUGCAGGCUAUCUGCUACAUCCAGCUGACACGGCAGCUGGUGUCUUGUUCAGCUGAUGGGGGAAUUGCAGUUUGGAACAUGGAUAUCAGCCGAGAAGAGGCUCCUCAAUGGCUAGAAAGUGAUUCCUGUCAGAAGUGUGAACAACCUUUCUUCUGGAAUAUAAAGCAGAUGUGGGACACAAAGACGAUAGGGUUGAGACAGCAUCAUUGCAGAAAAUGUGGGCAGGCAGUGUGUGGCAAGUGCAGCACCAAACGGUCGAGUUACCCAAUCAUGGGAUUUGAGUUCCAGGUCCGUGUCUGUGACUCCUGUUUUGAGUCAAUCAAGGAUGAAGACCGUACUUCUUUGGCAACCUUUCAUGAAGGAAAACACAACAUUUCACACAUGUCCAUGGACAUCUCCAGAGGGCUAAUGGUGACUUGUGGGAGUGACCGGAUUGUGAAGAUCUGGGACAUGACACCAGUGGUUGGUUGCAGCCUUGCCACUGGCUUCUCUUCCCGCUGAUCUCCUCAGUGGCAGGUUUAUGCACCUUAUGUACAGCAAUACGCACCGAAUGAAUGGAAUCCUCCUCAAGAAUAUUACUGCAAACACUGGUUGCUUGAUUCUCCUCCUGCUGCUGUUCCAGGAUGGACAGUCACCUUUGUAGAGCACAGCUUUUCUGUUGGGCUCCCCGGGAAUCUCCGUGGUGCUGAAGUGCGGUUCCGCAGCCUCUCAGACUGACAUAAAUGGCUUAUCUGCAAUAUGACACCUGGAUGGAAGGACCUGUUGUCUCUUGGUUUACAUAUGUAGUGUUAACAAUGUGCUAUCUCUGCUGAUAUAUCUUGUACAGAUACCUUGUAGCUAAAACAUUACCGGAGUAAAAUGAGUGUAGUAAAUUCAAUUUGUGCAAAUAGUAAAAUAACUUAUUCUCUCUUCCAAAAAGCAGUUCUGGUAAAAUGUUUUUGAGCAGUCACUGUCUGAAUUGUCUCCAAAAGGUAUGUUGGUUUUAUUCCUGUGGAAGGAGUAGAUAGUUCACAGUGGCAGGUAGCUUAUUUCAGAUGAGAUAGUAAGAGAACYUUUGAUUACACAAGAUCCUUUAUUGGCUUUCUUGUAGUGUUUGUCUUCAAGUUCAGUUGUUAGUAAAAUCACUUUUGUGGAACAGCUGUUCUGUGUAGGUAGCUGGUGAGUCUGCAAACAAUCCUGGGCCCUUUAUGUAGUGUUUUAGCAUAGCUGAUAAACUUGUGUAGUUAUGAAAAUGUGCAGCCCACCUACUCUAAAGACUGGUCAUAGAUAUGAGCCAUGUACUGUGACAACUAUAAUGUUGUUGGAAUGGUAACGUAAACAAAUCUGCCUUGUUACAGGUAAUGGUUAAGAAAAAAUGGCCAGCUAAAUUCUAGAGAUCUUUUUGUGGAAAGGCUGAUGUUCUUUAAUGUUAGGGAACCUGUCUCUGCUAAAGUACAGCAUAAAUUCAAAUACUGUCUUGAUGUUGCUUAAAACGUAAAUACUGAGCAAUAAUUACUGAGGUACAGAACAGCUGCUUUUUUUCCCUGCACCUAGGUCUGUUAAUCCUGAGAUAUCUGUAUUGAUCCUUUCCUGUGUCAAAGCUGAGAAGUAUGAAGAAGAGCGAGGAGGCUUUUAUGACUGUGCAGUUGGCACUUAAAGGAAAUAACUAGUGAGAUACUGUCAAUAAACCAGUUUGUCAGUUGAGUGAAUCUCCUACAUUUGAAUACUGUAAAGAGAAUUUAUUUUGUAACUUCGGAAGCUGAGGUGGUCUGUCAUAGAGUUUAAGCUUGGAGCUGUUCAGAUUGAUCUGAAAAUAGAUGCAGUAUGUGUGAGGACAAAAAAUAAGGGUAGGUCAGCUUGCGUGGAACUGAUGGUGUUGUACAAUUAUCAAAGGUAAUAGGCUAUUUCUGGCAGAAGAGUUGAGGGUUAGACUGUCUUUAYUUACAGCAACAAUCAAGUGGUGCUAUAGUGGUAGUGAAUUCAAGUGCUAAGUGUGGAACUUGACACURGUAAUCUUCAUUGGACCAUGCUGUAGGCUGAAAUAGAUAAAGAUCAUUAAUACAUCACKAUUUACCUGCAUUUAAGCCAAAAAUCUGAUAGUCUCCAAAGGGCAUUAGAAUCCAGAGUAUGAUAGUUACUGUUACUUUGUCUGCUUUUCCAUGGGCCUUCUCUGGAAGUUUUGUGAAUUCUUUUAAUUUGCUAGCCUUACUAGGCCACUGAAGACUAAACAAAUUCACUCUUGUGGGGAUCCCAAAACUUGUCUUGCCUUCARUACAGGAUUUAGCACUUGUCACACUGAUUUGAUUUAAAUCUGGCUACAUGCUGUAUAGCUUGGGCUUUUUGGGGAAAGCUUAUUUCUAAGCUAUUGAGAGAAAAUCAGCUUGAACUGGAAAAGCAGUUGCAGCUUUCUGCUCUGAAGGUCUUCACCCUUCUAAACUAGGAAGGAAGGUGUUGCAGGGGUGAAUAAGUUCUGAUAAUGCUCUGCAUUCACUUUCAGACUUCUUCCUAUCUGAUUCUGGAAGAGAGCAGAAGCCUUUUUCCUCACAGCAUGUAAGGCAGAACAUGAGAUACAGUGCUAGAACUGUUUAAUAUCCCUCUGUAACAGGGUAGGAGGAUCUAGGGUGUGAGUUAAGCUGGGAGAUUGMUGUAGAUGUGCAAUGAGUACCGUAUUUUUCAACCCAGAUAUUCUGAAACUUAUACUGAUACUGAGGUGUAAACUCCUUUGCAGUUAGCACUCCAGAAUUCAGCGUUUUUAGUUCUGAUUACUCAGUGUGCCCCUGCUCAGCACACAGCUCCCCCCUCCCUUACCUGUGAAUACUUCCUGUGCUUCUUUACAUUAUGUUUUUGCCACUAGAUAAUAUAUUCUCUACUGCCUAAGGAAUCUAUUUUCUAUAACUGAUAUACUUAAAGAUAGUGUUGGUUCAGAUAUAAUGACAAUUAUGGCCACUAAAUCGUUAGUCUUUUAAGUAUACUUUUGGUGUUGAAUGAGUAAUGCUUACAAACCACUAAAGAGAGAUUAGUUUUGUUUAUAAACAACUAUUUUGAAAGCACACACUCUCUCAUGGAAUUGAGCAUACUUCAAGUAUGUCAGCUCAAGUGUGCAGUUACUGAGAAGCCUUCAUUUGAAGCAUUACAGGUCUCGUUUGUGUAACUUCUUCCAUUGGAGCAGGGAAGGGGAGCAAAGGGUACUAAUAUGUGCUAAUUCUUUCCUAGUUGUAUUUCUGUACCCUGCAUAGUUAAGAGAAUCUAGAUAAAUCUGUCCUUUGCUCCUUCUUGUCUGUUUUUUAAACUUUGAUUACAUGUACAAUAAAAUACUUCUUGAUAUUCACUUAGUCUAUUUGGGUAUCCAUCUUUUUUUUCCAUCCUGUGAAUGCACAACAGCUCUGGCUGUUGCUUUACAUGCCCCAUAUACAAAGUGUAGGUUGCUGGGAGAGCUUGUCAGGUGUGUUGUAUUGGAACUGAAUGAAGAAGGGCAAAGGCCAUAACAAACCCCUGAGCAGAGCAAUGAGGAACUGCUGUGUGGUCCCAGUUAGGGAUGUGUAACCCUAUCCUGUGUGCUGCUUGCCAGCUCAAACAGACCUCUUUGGUUCAUCUGGCACCCCCUGAGAGAGGUUCUUACCUACAGACUACCAGAGGAUCAGCCCCUUUCCUGAGAUCCYUUGGAAAUGUCUGAGGUGCCAAAGAAAUGCUAAUUUUGCUGGAUGGGGUGAGCAGAGCCUACGAUAUAAUAUACUGAAGACACAAACUGCAGCCAUAGGAGGUGGUUAUACAUGUUUCAUACUUUCUCACAGAGAAAGGAUGGAGAUAAACUGGGAAGCAUCCUUAUCCCUCACAGCCUUCCCAGGCCCAAAUAUCUGGCUUUGUAACACAUAGAAGGCCUGAAUAUUGGUCGAUUAAAAUGUUSUACAGCUCACUGUUUCCUUGGAGUAUUUGAGAACCAUAGAGGGAAUCUGGAAGAGUGGUGGCUAAAUAGCCUGUGUGGGAUACCAUACAGUAAUUUUUUAUUUUUUUUUUUAACGUAUAAUUUUAACCACCUUAAAUUUCUAACCUUUCACACAGUAAAUUCCCAUGUUUUCUAGUUCCAACAAAAACUGACUGGAAAAAAUGAAGCUGUUGCUGUUCUGUAGUCAGAAAAGCCUAUUUGGAUGCCUAUGGUAGACCAUUUUGUGUUUUGAAUAAGGCAUAUGAACUCCAGUUUAAUUUGAAAAUGUUGGAGAAUUGCAAAUGGUGUCCUUGUAGUGAAAGCUCAAAAACAGAUGUAUUCAAUUUAUAAUUGAGAAUGCACAAUUGAUCACUUCUCAAACUCCUGAUGUUGAAAACUUCAUUUAAAUUUCAGAUAGCUGUGAGCCAGAUCAAACAAACUACRAAGUUUUUGCCUUUAGAGGGUGUAAGGGCAGGGGCUCUAAACUCAUUAAUAUGUAAAACCUAAUUGUUGAACAGAUUCAAAGACAGUGUUAUUUGKUUUAUUACUCUGGCAGUGGAAGUACCAAAAUAAAACGGUACUAAAAUCUAUACAAUCUGUACUUUUUUCAUARCAUUAAAUAUAAACUAUUUUACAAAUAGUAAACUGAAAUAUAUGGGGUCAUUAGAAACUUUGCCUGCUGCUUCUAUGCAUGAGCCUUUUUCCCCAACAGACCAGCAGCUCAGAGUUGCUGUAUGUGCUGUUUGAUUCACAAGUGUAUCAGUUUUAGUGUAUAUUCUGUGCUCACACAGAGAGAUAGAAGAAUGUUCUUUGACAUACUUUUGAUGUGUGACAUUAAUUUUGGUGGGAUUGACUGGCUUGUCUGCAGAAAAUUUGGUACAUUCAUUCCUAAAUUGCUUUGUGUCACAAAGAUAUUGUGGAUUGUGGAGGUUCAUGUUUUUCUCCUCUUUACCUUGUUUAUAGGGAAAUACACAGAUUAGAGUUUAACUUGCUCCUAGUUUUACUACUAUAGCUGUCUUUCAAGUAWAGAAGAUACC